AUGAGUGAUUUGAAAUCAGAGUGCUAAGAAAUCAAUAAUUGGUUUAUUAAAAAUACUUUCUAAUAUGAAAUUCCAUAUUGCUUUACCGCAUCCUAUAAAAAUGAUAAAGCUUAUUUAUCUAUACUUUCAACAAAUAUUGGUUUAGUAACUUCAAGAUCAAUUCUUUAAAAUUAUAGACCUAUAAAAAUAUAUCAUAUAGAUGGUCCAAGUACAGAAUAUACAGAAAUUUAUUUCAAAAAUGUAAAUUAGGAAAUAUCUUUUGAUUAUGCUUCAAUUAGUAAAGUUUUUGAUUAUAAUGUGAGAUUAUAAAUGAGUUGGUAUAUGCUAUCACCAAAAAAUAUAAAAUCUCAUACAAUAAAUUUUCAUAAUUUCAUAAAUGGUGGAUAUAGAAAUUAUUUAAUAGUACCUUUAAUAAAUGAUUAAAUAGAUUAUGAUUUCAUGUAGGAAUUUAUAAAAUAGAGAGAAGGAUAAGUAAAUGGUUAAUGUUUAAAGGAUAUGAAUUUAGAUGAUCAAAAAUUAAAUGAUUAUUUAUUUUAUAUACCUAAAACAUAGUAAGUUAAUUGUAUUUAUGCAAUAAUUUCAUAACCUUGGAAAUAAACUGUGGAUGAGUACUUUAAUUUAAUAAGUGAAAAUUCUAAAUUUACUAUUGAAUAACUUAAGGAAUAUUAUUGUAUAGAUGAAACAAUUCUAAAAAAAUCCAUAGGUUAUUUUUUUUAUGAGCAUUAAUUCAAAACAAAAACUGAGAAUAUAAAUCCAAUUUUAUAGUUAAGAUCAUAUUAAAAUUAAUACAAUUAAAGAGAUUUAGCUCUGGUUAUUUUUAAAUAGGUAACAACUAUAUAAAGAGUAUAAUAUUAUACAGAAGAUUAAGUAAAUAGUCUUGAGAAUAAAUCACAAAAUUUGAAGAUUCAUACAUGUAAGCCAAAAUUAGAAAUAAAUACUUUAACAACACAUAUAAUGCCUAUAUCAAAUUUAUUUCGUUAUCCUUUCAGUGUAGAUUAAUAUGAUAAUUUUUUGAUGCUCCCAACUUUUUUAUUAGAAUUAGAAUAAUAAUUAAUCGUAAGUGAAUUUGCAAAUUCUAUUGGAAUAGAACCAAGUCUAAGGGUUUAAAGAGCAAUAAGUAGAGCUUCUUACAACAGAGAUAUAAAUUAUGAAUUAUUAGAGACAUUAGGAGAUUCAAUUUUAAAAUAUUUAGCAACUCUUUAAGUAAGUUUAGGUCCAUAAAAUACGAAUGAAAAUAUAUUAUCAGAUUAAAGAUCUUAAAUUGUAAAUAAUAAUUAUAUUGGUAAGCAUUUAUUUAAAUAUUAAUAUUUUGGAUUAUUCUAUUAUGUGAGAUCUUUAGGACAUCAAACAAAAUGGUUUAGUCCAGUACUUUAAAAUAUUCAUUCAAAUCAUAUAUAACCUGAGCCUGUAAAAUAAGUAUCAGCAACUAUGUUAGUAUCCUUUUUAGCAGAUAUCUUUGAAUCACUUAUAGCAUCUGUAUUUCUAGAUAAAGAUUCACUUUAUGAUGUUUAUAAAUUUCUUUUACAUUUAAGACAUCCUGUAUGUUAUUAUCCAGCAACAGAAAAAUACUAUCCUAAAUAACCAAUAGUUUAGUAAUAUCAAUUUCCUAUAAUGCAUAAUUAUAUGAGUUUCAAAGAUUUGAUUAAUCCAGUCAGAUAAUUGUCAGAAUUAGAAAAAUAACAUUUCUAAAAGAAUUAAAUAGAAUAUUUAAAUUAUUUAUAAAGUGAAGUAAUUGAAUACUAGUUUCAUAAUAAAUAUAUUUUAUAUGAGUCUUUUAGAGUUCAAGGAUCAAAUAUGGAUAUUGAUUUGCCAUUGGAAUUGUAUUAUAAAUUUCUUUUAAAUUCAAAUACACCUUCUACAAGAGGACAUUAAAUGUUAGAACUUUUAGGUGAUGCAGUAUUGGAAUGUUACAUUAUGUGUAAUUGUUUUAAUUAGAUUAUGUUUAAAUUUACUCCUACAAAUUUAUAUAAAAUAAAAAUGGUAUUAUUAUCAAAUUCAUUUUUAUCAAAAAUAGCUAUUUGCUAUAAUAUUAUGCAUAAUUUUUAAGAUCCUGCUAUAAUAUAAUUUAUAGAAUCAGUAAAAUUAGAUGAGAAAUUUACUUAUUAUAAUGGAAAUUUCGUAAGAGUUCCAAAAGUACUGUCUGAUACUUUUGAAGCCCUUGUAGGAGCUUUAUUUAUGGAUGGAGGAUGGUAACCAGUGUGCAAUUUUUUAUAAAAGGUUUACUUAAAAUUUAUUCCAUUUGUAUGUACUUAUUUAAAUGACAUUGAUGAUCAUGUUAUUGAUAGAGUACAUCAAUAUUCAGCUAGUAAAUAAGGUCAUAUGGAUAUUAAAUCAUUUAAACAAGAAAAUGGAUAAUUUUGUUAUGAAAUCAGAAUUGAUGGACAAAUUGUUGGUAGAUUUACUCAUGAGCAUGAAAGAGUUGCAAAAGAAAAGGCUUGUGAAUCAGCAUGCAAAAAAUUAAAGAUAUGA